GACCGAGGGGUGCGGAGUCUGGCGUGGAGGAGUCGCCGCCGUCGCUACCGUAGCUUCCAUCGCCAUUGCCGUUCGCUAUGGCAGGCUGUGGCUUGCAGCUUGGGCUGUUGCUCUGAGCACGAACUGGAAGAGACGCCGUGGAGGAGCUGCCUGAGACAAUCUCCAGAAGUGAGCCUGGUGGUCUUGGAGAAAAAUAGCUUUCAUCAAAGUGCCAAGUGAAAGUACAAAGGAAGCUGAGAAAAGAGCCAGUGUGUGCUCAGGUUGCUGUCUGAGUGCUGUAAAGGAGCUUAAUGAACUAUGUAUUAACAUCCAUAAUAAUGUGGAGGUAUCUGAAUUCUUCAAUUAUUAAUGCUUCACAGGGAGACUGUAAGGGCUGUGUGCUAUUGUAAAUCAAGUUAAUGCGUACCAUAAACAGAGAUGGAGGUGUACUUGGAUAAAAAUAAAGCUAUAAAGUAGAAAUGUGUUUCAUAAAGCACAGUGAAACAGUAUUUCAUUUUUAUUUAUCCUGUCACUGUCUACAGAGCUUUGCAAGUGUUACUUGCUAUCAGUCGUGUAGGUUCAAGCUGCAAAAAUAUUUCCUAAAUCUUGCUUGUAUUUCUUUGAAACGUGUUGUGGCUUCUGGGCCCUUCUUUUAUGCCCUUUGCAUAGGACUCUUAAUGCACACCAUUGUGGGCACCAAAUAGGUGUCCCAUGGAGAACAACGUAUGCGCCACAACAAAAUUUGGCAAAGCCACCAAUAAAAUGGGAGAAAUGCUGUGAGAAGCAAGCAAGCUUGACAAAUUUCUGACCAAAGGCACACCUUCACAUUCACAUAUACAUCUUAGAAAGGUAAAUAUUUCAAUGUUUUCAUUUAGUAUCAUAGCUAUGUUAACUCUACAUUAAUUAGAGUAACUGAGCAUCAUUUUUGAAAGCUUUAAGAUCCUUUGUUAAAUAUCUCAUUCAUUUGGAUUUAAGUCCUCUUCUCAGCAAGCUCAUUCACAUAGGAAGUUAAUGAGAUUUACCUAAUAUGCUUUAAAUCAACAGCUGGUUUGAGCUGGGCAUAACUUUCCUGCUCAGUGUUGUAUAGGCAUGCGCUAAUAACGUUGGUCAGCUCAGCCAUACUGUUCUGGACUGUAGUCAAAAUACCAACUACUUAAAAAUUCAUUAGUGCCUACAAGGAGGGAAUGCAUUGGUGCUUUGAUGAUGUGCUUUGAAGUGGAUGAGAAACAAGCUCGGGACUUCUUAAAGUGCUCCUUCAAUCUUGCAUUUGUUAAGUUAAAUGGUAGAAAGUUAGGGUGUAUUUCAAACUUUUGGGGAAGUGCUUUGGGAAUUUAAAGCACAUUUGGUUGAAUGUGGAUGUAGUUGCUCUUAGUUAGAGGGGGAAAAAUCUUAUCUGCUGCAGUUUAGUGCUGUUUCAUUCAAUGGGAAGGGCUCAAUGGGCACGUGGUUGAGACAAAUCCAAGGAUUUUCCAGACUGAAGAGGCUCUGUUUCAAAAGAGCCUGAGGAAAUCUCUACUGAAGACUAAACCAAGGAGAUAGUUUUUACAUGCAGCAACAGAAGAUUAAGUGUGGGAGCUAUGCAACCUUUUCCUUGUCUGUGAGAUGGUCAAAAUCCCCUGCAAGGCUGAAAAAAUGCCUUUUGGGCACACCUAUAUAUCUGGACUGGUUUUUGAGGUAGGGACUUCACAGGCAGGGUAUCUCAGCACCAAUCUUGAGAUGUAAUAGCGAUGGUCAGUGCUGAGGUAGUUGUGGUUAUGGGGCUGCAGAUGGGACUCAUGUUGCGUAACACAAAGAGAUUGCUGGGCUUUAUUAGGCUUGCUGCUGAGAGAUUGUUGAUGAGUCCUUUGGAAAGGUGAGGAAUCCUUUCGCUGUGUAGGAAAACAUAGAACGAUGGAAUAUCCCAAGUUGGAAGGAACCUGUAAAGGAUCGUGGAGUCCAACAUCAAGCAACUUCAUGGCUUCUCAGAGGUGUUAUCUCAGGCUUCAUGCUGCUGAAAAGCAGGUGGGAAUGUCUGUGGUGAGCAGGCUGGAAAAUAAAGGGGGAAAUCUCACUUUGAGGAUUUUCAGGUGUUAAGAAGAACUCAGCUUGGGACUCGGUCCUGAAAACGCAGAAGUGUUCCUGUUUCCCUAAUCGCUCCGACACAGUGCUUCAGUGAAGGAUUUCUUUCAAAACUUCCCUGAUCUCUUGGCAUCCAUCCCACUGCCUUCCGCAGAAAGCUCUGGUGCUGCUCCCAGCUGUGUGACUGCCUGUCUCCUUCUCCAGCUCCCUCAGUCCACGUCAUCUGGCAGCCAAACCGUGCUAACGGUACUUAAAGAAAACAACCUGAAUAUUCCAGCUGGAUUGCUGAAGACAUCUGUGAUUCUUGGAGCUGCUGUUGUUUGAACAAGAUCCUGUCCCGGUAGUACCUGGCCUUCAACCCAGAAGCAUUCUCUUGGGUCCUGUAUGCAAGUCCAUGACAUACUGGAAACGAUGGGGAUUGGUAAGAAUACCACUUCAAAAUCAGUGGAGGCAGGAGGCUCGACAGAAGGCAAAUAUGAGGAUGAAUCCAAACAUCCCACCUUUUUCACUCUGCCUGUUGUGAUUAAUGGUGGAGCAACAUCGAGUGGUGAUCAGGAUACAGAAGACACGGAGUUGAUGGCCAUUUAUACUACAGAAAAUGGCAUAGCAGAAAAGAGUUCUUUGGCAGAGACGCUGGACAGCACUGGCAGUUUAGAUGCUCAGAGAACUGAUAUGAUUUACACUAUUGAAGAUGUUCCUCCAUGGUAUCUCUGCAUAUUUUUGGGGUUACAGCACUAUUUAACGUGUUUCAGUGGAACUAUAGCAGUUCCCUUUUUGCUAGCUGAUGCCAUGUGUGUUGGAUUUGACCAGUGGGCCACCAGCCAGUUGAUUGGGACCAUUUUCUUCUGUGUGGGCAUCACUACAUUGUUACAAACAACUUUUGGAUGCAGGUUACCCUUGUUCCAGGCGAGUGCUUUUGCAUUCUUAGCACCUGCUAGAGCAAUACUCUCCCUGGAGAAGUGGAAAUGUAAUAAUACAGAUAUAACAGUUACAAAUGGAACAACAGAACUGCUUCACACUGAGCACAUCUGGUAUCCCAGAAUACGAGAGAUCCAAGGUGCUAUUAUCAUGUCCUCCCUGAUAGAAGUGGUGAUUGGUUUGCUUGGCCUUCCUGGCGCCCUGCUACGAUACAUUGGACCUCUGACCAUCACACCAACUGUUGCUCUCAUCGGCCUCUCUGGUUUCCAAGCAGCGGGAGAAAGAGCAGGCAAACACUGGGGUAUCGCUAUGUUGACUAUUUUCCUCGUAUUGCUGUUCUCUCAGUAUGCCAGAAAUGUCAAAUUUCCUCUACCCAUUUACAAAUCAAAGAAAGGAUGGACAGCAUAUAGACUGCAGCUUUUUAAGAUGUUCCCUAUAAUUUUAGCUAUUUUGGUGUCAUGGUUGCUUUGCUUCAUCUUCACCGUGACAGAUGUCUUUCCCCCCGACAGUUCCAAGUACGGCUUCUAUGCUCGCACAGAUGCCCGACGAGGAGUGCUCUUGGUAGCUCCAUGGUUCAAGGUUCCUUACCCUUUUCAGUGGGGACUGCCAACAAUUUCAGCUGCUGGAGUUAUAGGAAUGCUCAGCGCAGUUGUCGCUAGCAUUAUUGAAUCAAUAGGAGAUUACUAUGCCUGUGCCAGAUUGUCUUGUGCUCCUCCUCCUCCUAUUCAUGCGAUAAACAGAGGAAUUUUUAUUGAGGGUCUCUCCUGUGUUUUGGAUGGAGUAUUUGGGACAGGGAAUGGAUCCACUUCUUCCAGCCCUAACAUUGGUGUCCUGGGCAUCACAAAGGUUGGAAGCCGCAGGGUUAUUCAGUAUGGAGCAGCCUUCAUGCUUUUGCUUGGGAUGGUUGGCAAGUUCAGUGCUCUGUUUGCAUCCCUGCCUGACCCCGUGCUUGGUGCCCUCUUCUGCACUCUCUUUGGGAUGAUUACAGCUGUGGGUCUCUCCAACCUCCAGUUCAUAGAUUUGAAUUCUUCUCGCAACCUGUUUGUACUUGGAUUUUCCAUUUUCUUUGGACUUGUCCUUCCAAGCUAUCUCAAACAGAAUCCACUGGUGACAGGAAUAGCAGGCAUCGAUCAAGUAUUGAAUGUUCUUCUCACUACAGCCAUGUUUGUUGGUGGCUGUGUUGCAUUUAUUUUGGAUAAUACCAUUCCAGGAAGCCCCGAAGAAAGGGGAAUACGGAAAUGGAAGAAAGGGGUUGGUAAAGGAAGCAAGUCACUGGAAGGCAUGGAAACAUAUGAUUUGCCUUUUGGCAUGAACUUCAUCAAAAAAUACAGGUGUUUCAGCUUCCUGCCCAUCAGCCCUACCUUCAUGGGUUACACGUGGAAAGGCUUCAGGAAAAGCAGUAACUGCAGGAGUUCAGAUGAAGACUCAGAAGCUACAGUAUAGCCUUAGUUGAAACUAUAUUAUCUAGUUGUAGUAAAAGAUGUAUUUGCAGUUUCUUGCUGAUUAAGAAGCAUUAAAAUAUAUGUUUUGUAUAUCUGCAUUUAAAUUCUGGAACCAGAGCUGAGACAGAUUUAAAAAAAAAAAAAAGAGGAAAAAAAGCUUUCCUGUUGUGGGUGGUGGUAGCCAGAUAUAGUGUCUCUGUUGGAUUUCUUUUCUUCUUUUUGUCCAAAGCUACAGAUACCUGCGUACCCAAGUCUGCUUGUUUUAGAUGGGGCUUAGGUUCCUGAAGUAUGUAGGUGCUAUUGAGAAUGUUACUUUUUAUGGUGAUUUUUAUUUAAGUCAUUGAUGCUGGCAUUUUUGGCUCACUCAUUGCUGGCAAUGUUAGUCAUGCCAGAAAAUCUGAAUCCUGUGAAAAGGAAAAAAUAAUAAUUCUAAUUAUGCCUAAUCACAUAUGUAUUGUUUCUGACCACUGAUUUGCACAUUCCAUAGUUUCAGAUCCCUGGAAACCAGACUUAGUUUAAACUGGCAAAUCCUGAGAGUAUUUUUCAGAUGGCUUGAUGGUUCGGUCAGAUGUCCAGCAUUAAGACAGAAGUUUCCAUAAGAACUUUGCCUGUGGAAAACUCUGAACGACUUCUGUUGGCUUCUUGCUUUAGAAAGAAUCACUCAUGUCGUAUCAGUUUGCAUUUUUAAACUUUUCCUUUUUCUGCCUGGCUUUUAACCACCUAACUACUGUCCAGGAGUAGGUUUUCUUUAAAGGGAUGUAUGUAGCUUGAGUUUUAUAGAGAUGGGAGACUUAACUUCCAGGUGGGACCUGAUAGCAGUUCUGACAGUGAAAUGAAUGUAUGCAGCUAGAUGUUUCUUGAACAAGAAGGCUAAAAAAAGUGGUUCAAAGGGAUUAACACCUGUAUGGACAUGGUCAGAUUGCAACCAGCAUUCACUGGUAUGCAUCUGUGCAAAAUUUCUUGUUUGGCUGCUGAGAUCCAGUGCUGCCUAUGAUUGGCUUCUGUUGCAUUGCCUCUCUUUUUUUCCCUCUCUUUGUGGGAUUACUGUAAAAGCUCGCUACUUCUACAGAGGUGAUCUUGAAUGGCAGAGACACUACAUUUGAUGUCCUCAUCCACUGGAUGGUUUAACGGGUAUUGGGUCCAACCAGGGCACCAUUCAGAUAUUUUUUUUUUUCCUGGAAUAGUCUCAGCUCUGUUGUUAUGUGAGUGUUCAUGCUCAUCAUGCAUUCAUAAUUAAAAGUUUCAUUCAUGUUUAAUGUUCUUACUAUUGCAAGUUAGUUUUAGACUUCGGUGUGGCCCCAAAAGCAUUUUUAAGCUGUGGAGAUCAUCAGGGAAAUGUAGUGUAAUGUAAUUUCAAGGCCAGUAUGCUCUACGGUGCUUGCGUUUUGUGUUCCUGGAGAAACGUAACAGUAGAUCCUGUAAUUCACUAAUACAUUUAUCAAGGUUUGACUACUGGACAGGAGCGCAGGAACUCUGUUUUCUGAGUCUACUUCCACGUGAAUUUGUUAUUGGUUAUUGAAGCAUGGAUGGGUUGGGGUGGGGAGGGCAAGGAAAGAACUUUAUGGAUCAGUACUGAGUAGUGUAGGAUUGGAAUUAUUCCAUUGAUAUCCUUUUUCAGCAUGUCAUGGCUGUUUCCAGAAACAUAAAAUAAUACUGUUGUUUGGUUUUUUUUUUCCAUAACAAAGCAUGUGUUUGUUCCUGCUUCAGGGAACUUUCAGUAGUUUGCAGUCUUCGUGUCAGUCGGUCUAUCUUGAAAGCUGGUCAGAAGAGUUGUGUCAUAGACAAGGUUGGUUUGCCUUUAAAACUAAGUCAUUUGUAGCGAGGUGGUAGAGUUUCACAUCCACUUACAAAUAGAUUUGAGUGUGGAGACUUCUAAUUAGUGGCACAAAGCUUCCAAAUUUCCCAACUUCACGUGCGACCAAAGAUGUGUGAGAGAGAUGGAGGAGUUAAAAUAAACGGGCAAGGAAACAAAAGAAAAUCCAGUCAUGUAUGGUAGUUAUCAUCAUGUAAAAUGCCAAAGUUCAUGGUCAUAAAAAUGUUGAGAGAGGCAAAGUUUUGGUAUUCAGAGCACUGCCACCUCUUAAAUGCUGAAGUGCAUCACUUCCAGCGGUGCUCCUGGGAGCUUAGCACAGCAGUGAUUGCUGUGUCCUGAGGCUUUGCUCAACUUUCCCCCCAGAUAUGAAUGCUUACACAUUGAAGAGGCAAGGUGAUGAGAAAUAAAUAGUGAUCUUCUCUCACCUUUGGAUGGAGUGAAGCUUUCUGUGCUCUGCGCUGUCUUCACUUGAGCAUGUCAGAAAGAACUGCCAAGAUGAUCUGUGACACUUGGGUUAAAUUAAGGCAAUGAAUCCAAGGAUUUUUUCCUUCUUCCUGGGGCAGAACACCACCCCUCUCCAGUGGCAUGGGCCAGGCUUAUCCAAAGAGGUGAAACCUAUGACUCUGUCCAACUUGGAUCUAAUUCUUUCUCAGCUUUUGGUUCUACCAUACUGAUUCUACGGACUGGCUGAGAAGUGCAGUAGCAUUUAGCUGGCAUGCUUUGCUUUUCUAGCCACUUUACUCAGUAACACUAAGAUAAAUAGUUGUAGUUAGCAGUCAUUUUUGUAACCGGAUUUGUAUCACGUGUAACGACACUGUCAAUCUUACUACAGAUAUGAAUGGUGAGAGAAGAGCCUCAGUUUUGCAAUGGAGAUCUGCUGAAGCACGUGUAAUGUAUAGCAAAAGGUUAUGAUAGUGUUGGUGGUGUUUCCCUGGACGUGCAGGGAAGGUUGUGAUGCAGCUGCUGCACCCUGAAUGUUUGUAUUGAAGCACGCAUCUACAUAGAGCUUUGAGGCAAGCAAAGAGCAGAGCUGACAGGCAACUUGCCUUGGAAAGAGAAGCUCCCCUUUCUCUUUCUGAUGCACCUGGAACAGUCCCAGGGCUGCCACUCAAAGAAGGUGCAGUGCAAUGCAAUGCUUACUUUCCUUUGUGAGGGAAGUGCUGAAAUUGCCCCCAUUUUUGUACAAGUGGCAGGCAGUCGUGGACCCUAAAUAUUCCUCCCAUGUCCAGUUUUCUACAUUUGAGUCUUAGCAUGGUUGGUGUGAAAUGCCCUUACCUGGAGGAGAACAGGUUGAGCUGCGGUGCAGCAGUUGCUGCUGGUUUGAAAAGCACUUAAAUCCUUUGUGUCAGCUGUUUCCAUCUGGCCUUCGGUGUGAGAGGGCAGCUGGGUAUGGCUUACACAUGUGACUGUACGUGCAGUAUUGUGUUUGUCUCACGUCUGUGAUUGCCUGCCUUUCAAACCACGAUGCUGAGCAAAGCUACCUACAGCAGACGCCACCUGAUGGAUGAGCGAAGAGGCAAUGAGACAUUUUGACCAAACGUUGAGGUGGAAGGGCAAAUAUUCAUGGUAGAAAUAUCAUUUUGUCAUAUCAGAGAUGGUUUAAAACGUGUGCAAAAAGACACAACUUUGGGCUUUUGUAAUCAAUCUUGUAUUUUUUUUUAGGUUAAAUUAAGGAUUGUUGCUAACAUGUUGAAACACGUUUUUCUAAAGCAAAUACGUGCAAAUUAUACCUAUAGAAAUUUAGGUUUCAUAGCGAGCUCAGCUAUGACUGAUUAAUGUUGUCAUAUUAGAAUGUGUUGGCAGAGGGACGUGAUCAGUUACCUCGCUGAGAAAGUUCAACCUUUAAACCCAGAAUUUGCUUUAUGCCUUUUAAUACUGACUUGAAAUAUGACAACUUGGUUUGUACAUGAAUAUUGCAGUAUUUUAUUUCCAUAUAUUAAGAAUAACAUUUCCACUCAGGAUAAUGACCUCAGUUUUCCUGGGAGGGAGUGGUAUGAUUGUCAUGACAAUGUCAUGUGAUGGUAGAAUUUCUUCAUUGACGAAUCUAUAGUAGUUGUGUAUACUUUAUUUACCCAUCUUUAUGUUCCUACCGAAAACUAAAGGGUUUCUUUGUUGUUCAUCUCCCUACUGAGAUCUCAGUACUCCCGGUGCAGAAUUGGCUCUUGCAAACUGAAAUCCUCAGUGCUGUUUAUACCACAGUCAGUGGUGUGUCCGUAGCAAAAGGUGUUCGUUUGUGGUAUAAACAGCACUGCAGGCCCACGUGGUUUAUAACAGCCAGCUUCCAAUGGUUUCAGUUAGCCAUUGGAUGUCCACACAAUCUAAUACAACCUGUGCUUAACAUGACUGUGUAUCAGUGUAGAAAAUGCAUGUGACAGACCAGCACAACCCACAGUGUUUCCUUUAUGUGGCCUUCUUAAACCAAAAUCUGCUUGAGUAAGUGGGUCACGUUUUCUUUUUUCCCCAAAAUGUCCCACUUGGUGCAUGUUUUGUACUAUUCCUUGCCAAGGCCAACAGCCUUUCUGGGGCAUGGGAUGGCAGACACUCCAUGCUCUCACGUUUCUGUAGCUACAACAGGUCAUUACAGUAUUGGAGGAGGCCACAAGUUUGCCGGUGUUCAGCUUCUGCCCAUGAGUCCAUCCAGUUGAGUGCUGGGCUGCUUUUAAGUAUUGGGGAUCUGUGUUUAGAAACAUCCCAACUAUUCCUGUCUAGUUCUAAUUCGACUGUGACUGUGCAUUGUCAUCCAUACAUAUUGAUAGGAGAGAGAUAUUUAGAAUUGCCUUGUGUAUUAUCUGGCAUUUAUUACAUCUUUCCAGGUCAACCAUCUUGCUGCCAGUCCAAAUUAUUGUACUUGGUCUCUUUAUGACAACCUUGGGCGUAACAAACUAUUGACUGUUCUUAGGCAGUGGGGAUAAAUAUUUCUUUCUUUCCCAUGACUUUUUGUGACUGACUUUGGCUGUAAAACUUCUUUGUUAAGCAAGAGGGUUUUUCUUCCUUUUUUUCCCCCUUCUUCCCCCUUUUUUUUUGUUGUUCUGAGAUGUGUAAUUCUUUUAUGGAGUUUUUGUUUUGUUUUAAUUUCGUAUUUUUUUUUUCUAACAUCGCUUCAUUAAACAAAUAUUUAAAAAUGUAAUAUUUGGACCAGAUGUUGUGAAUAAUAGUAGAUAAAGCUAUUUUAUUCUGUAUUUUUAAAGCUGUUCAGUAUAAAUAAACGCGGGCAUAGAUGCAA